UGCUCUCUCUACUAAGUGCGGCCUACGAGUUCUAGAUCUAGAUAUAGAUCUAGAUCUAAAUUAUUCUAGAUCUUUCUAGAUACAGCAAUCUAUAGAUCUACUUUACUUAGAAAUCAGCAAUAUCAAAACAAAUGGUUCAUUUUUUAAAAUGCCAAUCAAGCUAAUCUGACAGUAGUAAUCUCACUCAACAAUCUCAUCUGGUAGCCUAGACAGACGACUUGAAAAAAACCAUGACACGCUUCAAGAAAUCUUCUGACAAAAGUGGAGUUAAACUACAAGAAACUCAGCCAAAACCAGAUUCUACCAAAUCAAAAGUAGCCACAGUUGGAGGUGAUCAACAGAAAAAAAAUGCAACUUGCAGAGUUAGAUACAAACUACAAAAAUAUGAUGGUAGAAAAAAAGCUGGACAUGUACUGCCAAUAGGAAGCAAAGUAUUGAAGUUUAACAACUGUUACGGUGAACAAAAUGUUUUUGUGGGGCAAAGUAUAGGUGAGCACAGCAAUGGUAACAGCAUGGCUGCUGAGCUUGGUAACAGCAUUCAUGGUGGGAUAGUGCUAUCAACAGGACAGCUGGUGGUGGUGAAGAAGUGGGUUGUCAACUGGAAAACUGAUAAAGCAUUAAAUCACGAUCCCGUCGGGAAACUGCUUGUUCAAAAAAUUUUAGAUAUUAAAAGGGAGCUGACUUCAUACCUGGGAUUGAAUCAUCCAAACCUUACACGCUACUUGGGUUUAAAUUAUCACUGUCACCCUGGAAAAAUCAUAAUAUAUGCUAUGAUGGAGUAUCAUGGAGGGUCCAAUCUUUCUGUACUUAUGCGCCAUUUUGGAAAUCACCAACUGCCUUUAAACCUGCUGAAAACAUGUACAGCUGAGCUGCUUCAAGUGCUUGAAUACUUACAUAGUAACUCAGUAUUUCACAACAGUAUUACACCGUCCAACAUUCUAAUAGAUCAUGAGGGCAGGCUACACUUGACUGCAUUCAGUGUUGAGAAAAGAAUUAAUGAGCUGUAUAGCCUAAUUCAAACCCCGCAAAAAGUUGCUACUAUUGAGAUGGAUCCUGGAAAUCCUGCUAAAGACUUUCAUCAACUUGGUGCACUGCUGUCUACAUUGGCAUGUAUCCAUUCUGUAGCAGAAAUUCCAGAUACCUUUCCAUCUUCCAUGAACGAUUUCUUAAAUCUUUGUCUUCAGAAAAAUAUAAAUAAUCAAAUGACUGCCACACAACUGUUAGAUCACCCAUUUUUGAAAGAAAGUCAUUUAGAAACACAAUACAUCCAAGAUAAUUUUUCUGGGAGGGCUAAAAGAAAAGCUGAUAUAAAAAGCAUGGAAGGCUUGGAAAAUUUUACGCUCCCAAAACAAUCAAGAAUUAAAUCAGAAUUUGAAGAGAUUAAAGUUCUCGGAAAAGGUGGCUUUGGAGCUGUGUACAAGGUGAGGAAUAAAGUAGAUGGAGGUGUUUAUGCCAUCAAAAAGAUACCUCUGUCACAGAAAAGUUCCACUUUUAAUGAUAAAAUCAUGCGAGAAGUUAAGCUGCUUUCACAAUUGAAACAUGAACAUGUUGUCAGAUAUUUUUGUUCCUGGAUUGAGCACAGCACCGAGCCUCCUACAUCAGCCACCCCACACAGCAGCCUCUCCUCUAGAACAGAGGAAGAGGUUGUUAAAAAAGACUCGCUUGUAUUAGUUGGAGGCUGUGAUUUAUAUAAGGAUGUAGAACUUUUUUUACCACCGGUACAGGAUGAUGAUAAUUCUGAUUGGUUACUUGAAGUAACAGAAGAUCCCAGAGAAGAAGAUGAUUCAUCAUCAUCAAAAACACAAAAUAAAGAUACUACAAAAAAUAAACAAUUGUCAAAAAUGGAAAACAUCAACAGCAACACAGAAGAACCUGAAGUACAAUCAGAUGGUGAACAUGUUGUAAAGAUUCUUUACAUCCAGAUGGAAUGUUGUGAAGAAAGAACAUUAAGGAACACAAUAGAUGAGGGCUUGUGUACUGACAUGAAUCGUGUGUGGAGGCUGUUUAGGGAAAUUGUUGAAGGCCUAGCCCAUAUACAUGACAAGGAAAUUAUCCAUCGUGACUUAAAGCCAGUCAACAUUUUCUUGGACUCGUAUGACCAUGUCAAGAUUGGAGAUUUUGGGCUGGCAAGGACAGAUAACUUCUCUAGAGAAGGAGCUGCACCUCGGACACCGUCACCUGAUUCCAUAGAUGGCAGCUUAACAUGUGCUGUUGGCACUCGCCUGUAUGUUAGUCCAGAGGUCAUGAUGCACUCUUUUCAUUACGAUCAGAAGGUGGACAUCUACAGUCUAGGCGUUAUCUUUUUUGAGAUGUGCUAUAGAGCCUUAGCCACAGAGCAUGAAAGGAAUGACGUUUUGUACAAACUAAGGCAAGCUACUGUUGACUAUCCUGUUGAUUUCGAUACAGGAACUAAUCAAGCAAAAGUCAUCAGUUGGCUACUAAACCAUGACCCCUCAAAACGUCCAACUGCCAAAGAGCUCUUGGCCUCCAAACUUUUGCCAAAUGAGAUCCUAAGAUCAACAUCACAGAGUGAACUGCUGGACUCACUCUUCAGGCAGGAAAACACAGAUAUACAUGAUGCAGUUUAUGAUCAUUACAUCUAUGAUAUAAUGAUCUCCUGGAGAACAGCCUUGCUGUACCAGAAGGUGAAAAAGUCCCUGACCUCUGUGUUUGCCAGACAUGGGGCCAUCAACAUACCACUGCCACUUUUCAUGCCAAAGUGUAAAGCACACAAUAACAAACACCUGGUCACUCUCCUGGAUAGGAAAGGGGGAGUAGUCUGUGUUCCUAUAGACCGAAGAGUGCCCUUUGCCCGCUACAUUGGAAGAAAAAACAUCCAAUCCAUGAAGAGAUUUGCCAUAGAAAAAGCACUGAAAGACAAGAAACUUGACAAGGCUUCCUACAGUGAACACCCCAUGGAAUUCACUGAAUGUGUCUUUGACAUUGUCUCUUCCAGCCAAAGUGUUGUACCUGAUGCUGAGGUUUUGGCUGUUGUUCAAGAAAUUAUUCAAAUGUAUCCUACUCUGCAGGCUAGAAAGUAUUAUGUUAGGAUCAACCACAUGCAACUUCUCAAAGCUGUGCUGCUGCAUUGUGGGAUACCAACAGAUAGGCACACAGAAGUUCUUAUGGCAGUGCUAGAUCAUAGGAAUAAAAUAAGAAAAGAUCCAGCUGUUGAGGAAGCGUUGGUCCAACAAAUAAUUCUAAUUGAACAACUGUUCAGGAUUGAGAGUGGGAUGAACAAAAUGAAAGACAAAUUUAAAACCCUCUUAGAAAGUUCUAAUGAAGAAGUGAAGACUUUAACUACAAGGGCUUUAAGUGAAAUAAAGAGAAUUUAUACAUAUGCAGUUAAAAUGGGUUUGAAAAUGCAGGUGAAAAUCACAUUAGGCCUUAUUUACAAGCCAAGCCUGUACUCUGGUGUCAUUUACCAAGUCAUGUGUGAUAAAAAGAAGAUGGGAAAAGUCGAGACUGAGGUUCUUGCUUCAGGCGGACGAUACGAUAAGUUGAUCAGCAGCUUUGUUUACCAGGAAGUACAAACCCAUCCUUCUGGUGUCGGUAUUACAAUAUUAUUAGAAAGAUUAGCGUUUUUGGUUGCUGAUGAUGAAAAGAUUCAAAAGUUUUCACCUUGUGAUGUGAUUGUGCUGGCCACCCAUAAGCCGUUGGUUCCUGGCACUCUGACAGUGGCUAAAAGUCUUCUGGAUGCAGGGUUUAGGACAGAUAUUCACUAUGACAUCACUGAGAAUAACUUAGAGCUAAUUUAUACCAGCCAGUUUAAAGGAAUUUCUUACAUUGUUUAUCUUCUAAAAGCGAACCCAUCAGCAGUUAAGGUUGUCUCCCUGGACAGGGAACCAAAAACAUCAAUCAUUGUGAAAACAGAGUUCCUCAUUGAUUACCUCAAGCGUGACAACACCUCAGCUGCUGUCAACCCAGCUGAUCCAUUGACCUUCAACCUUUGGAAGGAUAUCUACUCUAUGGACACAUCAUGGACAGAUAUCUAAAACCUCUGAGUGGUAGCCAGGUGGAUUAAAACUAAAAAAAAUUUUAACAUUAUCAAUCUGAACUUUAGCAGGUGUCAUCUUUAGCAACCAACUGAUGCAGCACCUAAAAUCUAGUGAAACGAUUUAUCAAAUGAAAUAUUUAGUUUAGUAAAAUGUAACAGUAAAAAAAAUUAUAUCGUUGAUACACAAAAUAAAUUUGUGCUUGUUUAACAACCAAUUAAAUAAACUUUUUUAUUGUGUACAACAGUAGUUUUUGUUGUUAAAACAAUGCUCAGCAUUUACAUUUAAAACAAGCAUAUAUUUGUUUUCAUUUGAAUGUUUAUUUUGCAGAACAUAUUGUUCUUUUAUUUUUUUGUAUGUACCGGUAAUUUGAAAUAUAAUUUUUCCAUGUAAUUUAUAGCCAUGUUGUGUACCAUUUUAAUUUAAUGUUACAAAACAAUUGACUGAGUUGUUACACAUGGCUAUCUGCAGUUUUUGCUUAACUUUUAUUGAAAAUUUUUCUUCUAUUCUAAAAUUUAAAAAAUAAGAUCUGUUAAAUAUGUUAUGUAUUAUCAUAUUGCCAUUUUAUUUUACCACUGUGUAACACAAACCUUAGCUGGAGCUAGAACUUAGCUAAGCAAUUACUCUCAGUGGAGCAGAAUUAGCUACAACAUCACCGACUCAUAAACUUUUUUAACACUUUUUAUAGCACAUAGUUUCCCAAACUUUUCAAGUUUGUACAUAUUUUCUUUAAAGAAAAAAUACAAUUUUGUAAAUAAAAUAAAAAGUUUAAUCUCUUCAGCUUCCAUUCUGGUAUUUGAAAGUAGCUUUUUUAAAAUUAUGUAUUAAAUAUUUUCUACUUUUGUUUUGUCAAUGUGCAAUAAUUAAGCCAUACUUUACUAUUGUUUACUUUUAUUUCUAAUUUAUUUAAUUUUUUUUUGUUUAUGUUUUUACAUAUGAUGGAAGUAUUUUAGUCAAGCUCAUGUCUACAUUAUUUUUACAUAGACUUUCCUGCAGUUGAAAUAGAUCUAUGGCCUAUCCAGAUUGGCGAGUCUUGUGUAUCAUAGUUUAAAAAAAAUGUGUGUUAUUUUAGAUGUUUUCAAGCAUGUUAUGAGACAGGGACCUCCCUUUUAGCACAGUACAUUAUGAAAGUACAAACAUACUUCACUUUUAUUAUAUGUAUAUUUUCAUUUAUUAAGUGAUUUAGCACUUUUGACACAACUAAAUGGUUAAAUUGUUACAUUAGGUCUACAUAUUUGCUGAACCACAUGCAUCAAUGAAAGGGAAAAAAAACCUACACUUUUAUAAAUGUUUAAUAUGUGAACAACAGCUUCACCAGUGAUUUCAUUUG